CAUAGUAAAGUGUACAAGUUUCUUGUUAUCGGGAUUGUGUUUUAGAGCAGUUAAGUAGUCAUCAGGUCCUGUUAUUUUUUCAUGAGUAGUGUGUUGAUAUAUGUCAUACCGUAUCCGGACUCAUAAUCACUUCACUCAGACCUCUGAAUGUGUUUACUGUGUUGUACAACGUAAGAAUUGUGUGAAUUAUGACUACAAAAUGUGGGAAAUAAAUGACUGGACAAAAAUAUUGUUCGUUGUUAUGUCUGCAGUAUCCGGCUUUCUCGCUGUUUUAGUGAUCUUUCUGUAUUGGCGUUUUUACACUUUGAAGAAACAAAAACAAAGUUCUGCUAAUAUUCAAGACUCCUGUAAGGUUCUAUUGGAAAGCAAAGGAAUACCAAAAACUAUCGCUGUCAACCAAAAUAUGUAUGCAGAUGAUCCAACUUUAAAGUGUCAACCGCCACCACAGCCUAGUUUUCUUCACUUAGAACACCUCAAAACUCAAAACUACUAUGACAGCUCAUUUUCAGACACAGAUUGCGAAACAGAGCAUCAGGAUGUAAAAGCUGGUUUAUCUCAUUCAGCAGCUGACGAUUUGGAUAGUUCGAGAGAAGAUACUGAGGAUAGUUUAAGGUGUGAACAAAUCUCUAUUAAGAAAGCUCCAGUUAUUGAAUUUGGUCUAGUUUAUGUGUCAAGCAAAAAGUCUUUAACAAUUCACGUAAUUCGUGUCACGAAUCUCCCAUUGAGGUAUCGUAAAAACUGUUCCUCAUACGUGAAAGUAUCGUUGUUUGGUCACAAAAAAAUCUCACGUAACACUCCGGUAUCCAAAAAAUCUCUGAAUCCAGAAUUCGAAGAAAACUUUACUUUCGAAUAUUAUACUCUGGAGGAACUACAACAAUUUAUAUUGAGACUCUCCGUGUACAUUAAGCACUCUCAUUUUCCGAAAAAUAGAAGAAUUGGUGACUUCUGGCUUAACUUGUCGAGACUAGAGCUGACACCAAACGUUUAUCAAAUACUUUCAGGAGAAAUACUGCCACCCAAGACAUCACGAUCGACACUUUCAGUAGCAGACCUCGGUUUCCUUUUCAUCACGCUACAAUAUCAAUCCGAGGCCAAUAGACUUAAAGUAAUGGUCCGGAAAGCAAACAAUUUAAGACGACAAACAGCUGUUUCCAUAACACAAUCAGAGUACUAUGUAAUUAUUAACUUGUUCCGGGGUAUUAAGGCUAUAACUUACAAGGAAACUAGACCCAUAUCUGGACCAAACCCUGUGUGGAACCAACCUUUCAUUUUUGAUAUUCCUGAGGAAUUUGUGCAUCAGUAUUCGUUGCAGUUUCUGCUCAUGCGCGGUCGAAUCUACUCACGAGAUGGUGUUGUAGGGCAGGUGUUAGUUGGACCAGGUUCAACAUCUCUUGGGAUAACUCACUGGAAUGAAGCAAUGACACCCGCUGCUGUAGAAACGACGAAAUGGCAUAAUAUUAUUCAAGUGGACAAAUAUUAAUUUUUUGAGGACAAAUAUGUUAGCGAGAUUUCCAUAUGUUUAUGAACAAUUUUAAAGGUUGCUUUAUGGAUAAGAUUAUGGAUCAUUCAUAGACCAAUAAAUUAAAUUCAUUUUGAAGAACAUCAAAAUCAAGAUUACAAUGAAAAGUCAAUGAUAAUUUUAUAGUGAGAGUCUACAGGGAUUUCGAAUUGGUGUAUAUCGUUGGAGCAAGAAGUAGAAAAGAUAUGGUCAAAUUUUGGAUGAAGCUAAAAGAUUAUUAUUGCUGUUCUUUGAUAGGAUUUAUUUUCGAAAUUUAAAGACGUGUGAAGUUGGUGUCUGCAACCUUCUGGGCUCCCUCCGAUAUUCUUUAACUUUGGAACCUAGUGAUAAAAGUAAUAUGAAAUAUUUCCUAUUGCGUCACAAGCAAAAUUUAGUGUGCUGAUAACACUAUUUCAAUCAAAACAACUGAAUAUAAAUUAGUAUAUUAUUCAAAAGCUGCUAUUAAAGGUUUAGCAUGAAGACUGACCACUUCAUAUUUUCAGGAAUACGACGGAACAUUUCAAUAGGAUCAUUUAAAUACAAACGUAAAUAUUUUAGUUAUUCUAUAUAGUUACAAUAAGAAAAAGUUUAAAACCUAGAACAAAAAAUUGAUGUGUCACUUUUGGUCUUCCUACAGUAUUUUUAGUCAGUUACUUAGUUUGUGUAUUUUAUAGCAAAGUCGCAUUUUAGCGUUAUAAGUCCGUAGACUUACUGCUGUUCUGUUGGCGGACAGUACUCUUAGUAAAAUACGUUUUUUAUAAUUGUGUAAAUUUAAUUCUUCUUUUUACUAAAUCAAGUAACAUAGAGAAGAAUCUUAGGAAAACUGUUUAUGAACUAUUUUAGAACUGACAACCUUAAAUUACUUUAAACUAAAUUGUGAGUCGUGCCUUCAAUUCUCUAUUAAGCAGAGUUUGCCCAUCAUUGAAAUAAUUAAUAUCUUAAAAUAGUUUGAAUAAACAAUUCGUUACACUCGUCUCAACAAGCUAUAUUUUAAUAUAAUUAACUUUAAUCCACCUUUACAUAUUUGAAUGUUUGCUUACACGAAUAAAUAAAUGUAAAAUAAUACUAAUAAAUCUGAAAAAUGCUUUCAGCACGAAAUGUGUAUUGUCGAAUGUUUGAGUUUUUGCAAGAAAUAGAAGGAUUAACGGUUUAAUAGUACGGUUAUUGUAGAAGUUUAUAAGGUUGAUAUGUAGUUUCUGACUUCUUUUGAAGACAUUAUACAAUUAAGUAAUAAUGAAUUGAGAUAUAUGAUUUUU